AUGGUCAAGUUCGGGAUUGUUGCGGCACUCGGCUGGGCGGCUGGCCUCGUCGUGGCCUCCCCCGCUGAUAUCGUCCCGGUGCUGGACGUUCGGACGCGGAACAUGCCGGGAAAAUCGGACGAAGACACCCGAAAUCUCAUCUGGCGCGACAUUGUGGCCGCGGCGAACUACCGGCGAGAGAAUACCUUCUCCAACAGCAUGAGUAUGGACAAGAGCUGGGUGGAUGCCACACUCUUCAGCUACACAUAUGAAGCCAACACCACCGGCACGAAGCUUGACAACGUCGAGGCCAGUCUGAGCAUCGAAGUGAAAUGUGUGACCUGUUACUUCAAAGCUGGCGCGACAGCCACCCUGACCAUCAACGGCGACUUCGACUUGGGCAAUACACUCGGCAAUCUCACGGAUCAGUUGGGAGAAGAGUUCCACAACAUGAGCCAGUCAGCCAGGGACAGCUUCAAGGAGGUCUUUGACUGGGACGAAUUCCAGGCACUGUGGACACCCGAGGAUUUCGAGCUCGACGAAUUUGUCAACUUUGACAACUUCCACAUCGACACGGAUUUCGAUAUCGAGUUACCUCCACUUCCCGAAGUCCAGCUGUUGUUCCAGAUCGACAACAUGGAUUUAUACAUGGAGAUGGACACUACGAUCGCCGCGGGCGCUACGCUGACCAUCCCGUUGUACAAGUCGCAGACGGUCGUUGGGAUAUCCAUUGCCCCAGGCCUCGAGGCUGGACUUUUUGCCACCAUGGAUUUGAUCCUCGGUGUAGAGGGCGAGCUCGUAAUCCGCUCAGGAUUUCAUUUACUUAUUGAAGAACCGGUGGGAUUUAACAUUGCCUUGUUUGGGCAAAACGUGUCAAGCAUCAUCUUUGUCGCCGAAUUUCUCACCAACAUAACCUUCGGAGCCGAACUCGAAGAGGAAGAAAACUGCGCUCUACAGGUCGUCCAAGAGUACACGCUCGCCGUCGGGGCUUCAGCCGGCGCCACUCUUGCCAUCGGCAGCCACACCUGGGGACCCCAACCCAACACCAGCAUCCCGAUCUACUACACCACCAUGGCGAACGUCUGCGCCAUCACAGCCGACGCCAUCACCACACCACCUACCCCAUCCCCUACCAACCGCCUGGCCGCACGCCAAGACGGCAAAGAACUCGAAACCACAACCCUUACCAAAACAGUCAUCUACACCAACAUCGGCUGCGCCGAGCCCAGACCCCAGGGCGGCUGCCCCCAAUCCCUCCAAGCCACCACCCUCACCACCACCGUCAAAACCCACGUCACCGCUAUCCCCCCGGGCGCGACCGCCACCUUCCCCGAAUCGACCGCCCUCACCGUCGCCAGCACGAUACCCUUUGGGAAGAACAUCAACAAAGUCGCCGCGACGACGGGCACGCCCAAGAGUUACGUCCCGCCGCCGCCGCCGAAGCCGAAGAGCACGGGCACGGCGAAACAUGAUGGGGAUGGGAAUGGGGUGUUGGAUGGGGUAGGGGAUGUGUGGAAAGGGGAGACGGGUGGGGUAUCGAAUAAGUUGAUUAUUGGGUUGAGUGUGGGGUUGGGGGUGCCGCUGCUUUGUGCGGUGAUUGCUUCGUUGAUCCACUGGAUCAGGCGCCGGACGUACGCCAAACUUCCCAAGUUCGAGACAGCCGUCGAGUAUACCGGUUCCUACCGCAGCCCGAUGGAGGCCGAGCGCGAAUCGAUGAUGCUGAAGAAGAUGCCCGAGGUUACGGUCAGUCAUACAAGCCCUUGA